UAUAUGACUAAGAGAGAUUCAGAUAAAGCCAAGAGCAGAGAGUGCGUGCGAUCACUGGCAGAGUGAAACCAAGUGUGUACAUAUAUGGAUCAAUGUUCUCAUGUCUUCGAGACUUUGACUCUACAUUUUUUAUAAAUAUUUUCCACGUUUUCAAGGCGAGUAUCUAGUCGGGUGCGAGAGUAUAGUACAGCAGAGUUUGCUCGCAAGCCGGGGAAAAAUAAGCAAGUGUGAAUUUAUAUAUUAGACGGCUUCCGCGCGGCAAUUGAGGUUGGAAAUUUCAACAGCAACGCAUACAAUUGCGCAGCCGUAGCCGCUCUCUCGUACAGACGUAGACAUAACAUAGUAGGUGAUUGUGUGAGAAAGUGUUUUACUUUCGCUGCCGUGUGUGCGCCUGUCGGCUCAUCGCUAUGGCCGUGCCCCUCCAGAUCUGCCGUCGAGCGACUGCCGGUAGUUCUGUGCUGCGGAGCUCACCUCGGCUUCACUUGGCUCGCACUGUCGUCUGCGACGCUUCGUCCUUUCGCCGCCACUUACUCCUCGACGACUCACUACUAAAGCCGGCCGCUCCCAGUUUCCUCAGUUCCAGACACCUUGCUGUUUCUGCUGCUACCAUGGCGAAAAUCAAGGCCGGACCGGUUGUCGACAUCCUCGGCGACGAGAUGACGCGCAUCAUUUGGGACCUGAUCAAACAGAAGCUGAUCUUCCCCUACCUGGAAAUUGAGCUGCACACUUACGACCUCGGUAUGGAGAACAGAGACGCGACCGAGGACAAGGUGACCGUGGAGUGCGCCGAGGCCAUUAAGAAGUACAACGUGGGUAUCAAGUGCGCGACCAUAACGCCCGACGAGAAACGAGUGGAGGAGUUCAAGCUGAAGAAGAUGUGGAAGAGCCCGAACGGUACCAUCAGGAACAUCCUCGGCGGCACGGUGUUCCGCGAGGCGAUCAUCUGCAAGAACAUCCCGCGACUGGUUACCUGCUGGGAGAAGCCGAUCAUCAUCGGCAGACACGCCCACGCCGACCAGUACAAGGCAGUGGACUUUGUAGUGCCGGGUCCCGGCAGUCUGGAGAUCAGCUGGACCAGCCCGUCCGGCGAAAAGAUUAAGCACGUGGUGAACGAGUUCAAGGGCGCCGGCGUCGCCCAAGCUCAGUUCAACACCGACGACAGCAUCCGCGCUUUCGCCCACAGCUCCAUGCAGUACGCCCUUGCGCGCAAUUAUCCGCUCUACCUGUCCACCAAGAACACUAUCCUCAAGCAGUACGACGGCCGCUUCAAGAACAUCUUCCAGGAGAUCUACGACAACGAGUACAAGGCCAAGUUCGAGGCGAAGAAUCUUUGGUACGAGCACCGACUCAUCGACGACAUGGUCGCCUACGCCAUGAAGUCCAACGGGGGCUACGUCUGGGCUUGCAAGAACUACGACGGCGACGUGCAGUCCGACUCCGUUGCCCAGGGCUACGGUUCACUCGGUCUCAUGACCUCGGUCCUCAUCUGUCCUGACGGCAAAACUGUCGAGGCCGAAGCUGCUCACGGCACCGUUACUCGCCACUAUCGCAUGCACCAACAGGGCAAAGAGACCUCCACCAACCCCAUCGCUUCGAUCUUUGCCUGGACUCAGGGUCUUCUUCACCGCGCCAAGCUCGACAACAACCAGCCGCUUAAGAAGUUUGCCGAGACCCUAGAGAAGGUCUGCGUCAGCACCAUCGAGUCGGGCUUCAUGACCAAGGAUCUCGCGCUUUGCAUAAAGAAGGCCGACCAGGUCCAGAGGACCGACUAUUUAAAUACCUUCGAGUUUCUGGACAAACUCGCCGAGAACCUCAAGAAGAGCCUGAACGUGUGACUUUGCGGUCUUGAUAAUGCUGACUUUCUUCUAUUACAGGCUAAAUACUAGAGAUGCUUGUCAAUGCGGCAAGCGCUAUCUCACGUUUGCACGCUGAAGGGAAUUUCUGCGUGAAUAACGAUAAACAGAUGUCAUUACGGCACGCGACGUAACCGAGCGGUCUCCAUUGAUACGUUUAAUAUGUGAUCAAUUUUUCAAGACUAGAGUGCAUUUAUAAAAUAAAGAUAUAAUGUUGUAUAAUAUCUAUUUAUAUGUAGAUAUUAUUGAACAUAUUUGUAAUGAAAAAGAGUCAAAAUAUUUUGAAUAUUAUAUUUUAUU